AUGAGUAAUAAAGGUGAUAAAUUAAAUGACAUUACUAAUGAAAAUAUUCAAAAGAAAGGACAAAUUACAACAAAAUCACCAAAAGCAGAAAUUAGUGCAGGAAAAGGAAUGGAAUCAUUCAAUGAUAAUAUUGCAACUUCGCCGGAAGCAGAAUUCUUAUCAGUAAUAACAACCACUAAUACAUCUGUUAUAUCAUCAGUUAAUCAUCCGGAACAAUUCACUGCAGAACAUAAAAUGCAAUUUGAAGAGUUGGAAGUCGAUACCGUAGAUGAUGGUGAUGAUACAGGUGAUAAUGGUCUCAUUUCAUUUGGCACACCAUCAAACAGAAGUAAUGAUGAAUUUAUGGCACAAAAUGAUGGCUCGGAAAAAGGUAUUGAGCAAGAUUCAACGUUGCCAAUGAUGAAUGAAGGAAAUGAUGGAGAAGAAUCAGAAUCAGCAAUUGCUGAUGUAAGUGCAACUGAAAGUACAGAAUCAAUGCAGAGCGAAUUAGAACCAAAAUCGAUAUCUUUGCAAACACAACAACAGCAAGAUGAAUCAGAAAGUGAUGAUUCAGCUAAGGAACAAAAUAAUAACGAUAAUUUUGAAGUUGAUCACAAGCAAGAUGAAAUGCAAUCGGAAACAAAUAUCACUGAGAUGGAAGAUUUGAUUGAUAAGGAAAGUGAUGAAGAAAUGAAACAGCAAGCUUCUGACGAUGUCUUAGAAGCAUUAAUAACAAAAGCGAUGACGGAAGGAAUGGAAGAAGCAAUACCGACUGAAGAAAAAUCAAAAGUGAAGAUCAGAAAAAUAUCUGAAACUGAUCGAAAGAAAGUAAUAAAUGCGAAAACUCCAUCAUAA